ACGAUUCUUAAGGAAGAAAACUCGUGGGACAGACCGACGACAAUUGCGAUUACGCAGAGAAAGAUAAUCAAUGGCGUUCGAUAAUUUGACGCUACCCACGCACAACCACGCGAUGUCCACGAGGGAAAGUCGAUCGUGACGUCACUAACAUUAUCGUCGUGUCCGAAUACUUUUGACGUAUUGUUGUCGAAGUGUACACCUGACGCGGUUUCCUCCUCCAUAUAUCGAUCGAGAACCGCGAGUUCGUUUCGGUAACGGAAACAGAAGUGACGUUACGUCGUGUUGUGUCGUGGAAGGUACCACCGAUAACUCGCGAUGCUACCGAAGAAAGACAGUCAGACGGAGCCGUACGCUCUCGAAGAUAUGAUAUCGGAUCUUCAGGCGAGAAGGCAUUCGUUGGAUCACGAGGACGUCGUGGAGGAUCCAGCCGAGUUGCUGAAGCAACGUGAGAGAGAUCUCGUCCUGGCCGCUGAACUCGGCAAGGCUCUGCUCGAAAGGAAUCAGGAGUUAACGAAGCAGGCUGAAACCUUAGCUGAGGAAUACUCCGCCAAAUUAGAAAGUUUGGAGCAGGAAAGGCAUCUAUUGCGGAGGAGACUCGAGGAAGCCAGAGAUGAGAGUGAGACGAGGGCUUUGGAGCUCCAAGCUGACGUGGAGAGCCUCAGGAGCCAGUUGGAGGAGCAAAAUGAAAGGGCAAGAAGAGCGGAACGUGAUCAAGCCACCCUAGUUGCAGAGUUGACGGCGCAAAACACGAGGCUGGCCGAUCAGCUGAGGGAAGCUGCCAAACAAGAGGAGCAGUUGCUCGCGGAAGUGAAGAGGCUGAGAGAAAAUUGCGCUCUCAGAAACACUACCCUGCAGGAUCAUGUCAGCAGCUUAGAAGUCCUUAGGGACGAGGUACAACUAGUAUCCGCACAAAGGACGGAAUUAGAGAGGCGGUCCUUGGAGCUACGAGAGGAGAGGGCCAGGGCGAUCGCGGCCCUCGAGGAAGCCGAGGAGAGAGCUACGGCCAUGGAACGACUCGGUCACGAAGCGGAACAUCGCGCGAGAAUGGCGGAGCAAGAGAGAGACGAACUGGCAUCAGCAUUGGCAGCUAUCGAGGCAGAAAGGAGAGCUCGGUCUGGUUCGAUACAGAAAACACCGAGGUCUUUGCAAGCAGAAAUGGAGUGCGAGGAGAGUGGCAGCUCGCUCGGGGAACAGGAAGACGGAAGUUUGAGAACGGAAGUUGCAAGGGCGACGAAGCGGCUAAGGGAACUGUGUGCUCAUUUGAGACGCGGCGAGGACGACUCGGGUUUGCAGAGCGACUGCGAUGAAUCCAUGCUGGUAAUUAAUCUCACCAACUCCGAGGCAGAAGUGGGAACUAACGAUCGGGAUACUCAUUCUUCACCGACAAAUUGUCCGGGUGCGCUGAUAGAGCUGGUCGAAGAAGUCUAUAAUCUCGCACUGUCAGGUAGAGGAGCACCAGGAGAAUUAGGAUUGGCGGUGGAACUUCAUAGGGUACGGGAAGAACUGGAGAACUCUCGGGAGCAGUGCAGGAUACAGGAGGAGGAACUGAAGCGACGUGGUGAUACUAUUCUGGAGUUGACGAGCAAAUUGAGUGUCUGCGAGGCUGAAUUGCGCGGUGCCAGGGAGGAACGUGAUAGGGCGAGGUGCGACAUCGAGCACUCCGAACUGACGAAGGAUGAGAUCGUAGCGAAGGCUUACAAGGUGCGAGACCAAGCAGUGGCCCGACAGAAUAGGGUGGAGGUGGAGCUGGCUAGGACGCGGAUAGACAUCUUACAGGCGGAUAGUCAGCUGAAGGAGGCGAUCAAACAGAAGAUUGAGCUCAGUCAGCAGCUGGAGCAAUGGCAGAUGGACAUGCAGGCGCUUCUGGAUGAGCACGUGCGAAGCAAAUUAACUCCGACCUCGCAGAUUGUCGCCACGAGCGAGAAUUCAGAUAUGUCGGCGCCGGCCAGGAAGAAGAGGAGUACCGGUUCGACAAAGAAGAUGUUCGGUCUAUUUUGACGAAAGUGACGCAGCGCGAUGGCCUCGCUGCGUCAAGCGUGAGUGAUCGCGACUCACAUAGACUUUGAUUCCUGAUUCCUACACAGCCAUUUCGUAUAAAAGAAACGUUAACGGAAUGAAGAGAUAAUCGCGAAAAGAAAGUGAAUUUAGGUGUACUUAUCUUUCUAAAAAUCGUUCAAUCUCGUGACAAAUGGAAUAGCAUUCCAGACAUCUUUUACUUUGUUACAGUCAUUAUAAAUAAUGCCAUUUGCAUCGCACGAUUGCGAUUUGUGAACAAGCAUCUGGGACUAAUCUUAAACUAGCGGCUCUGUAAUUAAAAUUAGCAGUUCGAAUCAGACUGGACACAUCUAGCAAUCCUUAAGAGAGUGGAUACCAUGCGUUUGAUCCGCCAUUUUUCAGAACCUGCUUAAGAUAAAAUGAGAUAGAAUAUACAUAAAAUAAGACAUCUAUGCAUCUCUUUUUAUGUUAUGCUGCAUUUCAGAAGUUGUCUAAACGGUAUCCAAUUUCUUUCUUGAGGAUUGCUCAAGUAAUAGAUCUCUCUUAUUUGAAGAUCUCAAGACAUAUUUGGAUUCGUGCGAAUCUCGGGAUAAAUGUUGAAGCAUCUCAGUGCGAGACAUGACGCGUGCGAGAAACGUUCACGUUGCUCACAGCGAGGAGUCUAUUACAUCGAUGCUGAUGCUCGUGUCGAAACUGUAAUUUGAAUUUAAGUGGCGUCGCUUGCAGAAACAGGGACGUCCGACUUUCUAUAAUUCCUCAACUAGGGAAAGUUGCGGACUUCCAAACGUUCUCGACGUGUCCAAUAUUGUCGUCAUCAUAUUUUUCACCUUCGUCUCGACACCCGCGUUUUCUGUUGGCCGCUUUUUUAUCAAAUGAUCACUGUAAUCCGGACUGCUCAUUAUCGCUUGACUUCAUAGACCGUUCAUGCGAAAAGUAUUAAAUUGUGUUGCGACGUUAAUAGAAUCAGUAAGAUGAACAAGUCGUUAACGAAAAAAAAAUCAUCAUUAAUACGUUCCGUGCCGAACUAUCCCCGCGCAUAGAGCAGCAUAUAUACAAUAUAAUAGCCAUCACAUACUAUCCGUAGAACACUUGGAAUGGAAAGUUUAACGUGUAUUUGUGGUACACUUAGCAUGGAACGUGUUAAUGUUCUGUCCCCAAGAAAUUAAAGUUCCGAGUGAUGUCUUUUCUCUUCGAUAGAUUUUCGAUACGUCCAAUCGACGUUUUUAGCUCAGGGAAAAUUUUUGCAUUAUUUUAAUUUCGUUUUUUCAUUACAUUUCAUUGUCCACUUUCAAAGACUUCAAAAAAACAAUUAUGUUUCAUUGGUUGCAACCAAUGAUAUAAUAAGAUUAAUUGAUCACGGUCUCUUGCUUCACGCGGGCAGGUAUUAAUCGACUCAAAGGUGACGAAAGAAGCAAAGGUUUAAUGUCCCGGCAAGACUGAUUAGAAUCGGCAAAGCGCAGCCGCUUUUUCUUCCGCGCGCGAAAACGCGUCCUGUCAUUCUCAUCAUCGUGGAACAAAUCGUUCUUCACGGUACGAACGAUCUCCGAGUGGAAACUUCUUAUUUCGAAAUGGUCCCUUGCGUUUAGCUCAACGAAUAAUGAAACGGAAUCACUUGGAUAUUUAUCGUUCCGUUUUUUUUUCGCGACGCAGGAAUAUCGAAUUCCUUUUGAUACGAAAUAUUGUGAUAUGCUGUGUCUUAUGUUAGACUCGAAGAAGAUUUUAUACGCCUUCUAAUGUUGCAGAAACAUUUCUGUAAAAAAUCAAAGAUUAUAA